ACAUUGCAAAGAUUAUCUUCUGUUGGCAACUUGAACCAAAUGUUAGAUCUUUAUUAUGUUGUUCCACUUUUGACUCUUACUACUUUUUAAUACGAAAGACAAAAGAUUUGAAAUAGUUUUCCCUGGUUUUUUCGUAGUAUUCAUAUUAAAUAUCAAAUGUUCCGUGCGCAUUUCUGUGAACUUCUUAUCGUUUCAUAACAAUGGCACAAACAGAAACAGAAACGUUUAAGAAUAGCUGGAUUGGAGUACAUAAAUGCAAAUGGUAAAGUGGUGCCUCCCAAGCAACCGGGCCCUGACUGCAAUUGUCGGCGUCUGUGUUUCCAAAAAGUUCCAGCAGAUAUUCGAUUAAAAACUUUUCAAGGUUUCUACUCUAUGAAAACUCACGAUGAACAAAAUGCCUACUUAUUUGGACUUAUGAGACAAGUUGAUGUAAAAAGAAAAAGAGUGAAAUCAAGCAGUAGAAGAACAUGCACAUUUGAAUAUUUCGUAAGGGUUAAAGGGCGCGAAACUCAAGUAUGUCAAACAGCUUUCAAAAAUAUUCAUGCAAUAACUGAAAGAAAAGUCCGUGUUCUAUGUAAAAAGAUGGAUGAUGGAGUGAUGUUUCCCAGUGAUAACAGAGGUAAAAACAGUCAUAGGCGUUCAGGGGAAGUGCGCUUGCCAACAGGUGUUGUUGAGCAAAUAAAAAAUCAUGUUUAUUCAAUAGUCCAUACCCACAGAUUGAAAGAUUUUAUUCGCUUGGACAAAAUAGCAGGCUUGGAAAUUAAUAUCUCAAAAAUGUGGAAAGAUUAUAUAAAAACUUAUGACCCUGACAACAUAUCAGCUACAAUGCCUAAAUCUAAGCGUAAUAUGGAAAUAUCUAUAGCUAGUGAGCAAGUUCAGCAGCAGCCACCACCUCAAGAACCUGCAUUUGGAACCCUCUCUUAUCCAGGUAGUGGGCAUUUGGUAAAUAUUGCAGAGAACUAUUUCCAAAAUCAGUACCAAACAGCAACACUUGCCACUUCAACACCAACAAAUUUCUAUCAAACUCAAAAUGGAGGUCAGAGUAUGGGAAUAUUACUGCAGUCUACUGCAGGUAGGCCUACACAAGCACCCACAACAUAUAUUGUACUGCAAGCUAAGCCUGAGCCAUCUCAGAAUGCUACCCUUGCUAUAGACAAUACUUCAUAUCAAAACUCUCAAACUACUGAAGUUGUAGCAGAGCACGAAAUUAAAAUGGAAAAGAAAAUUAAAAAAGAAAGAAAAAGAGGUCCUUUGGUAAAACAAUGGAGAUAUACUAACAUAUUCCAUGAAGAGAUAAAUGGAGCUGCAUUGGCUGCCAUAAAAACUAGACUUGGUAUGUACUAUGCAGAGAGUGAUGCUGCUAGAAAAAAGGCCAAACAGGCUAGACCAAGUGAAGUUGUUCAGUCUCAGACUCAAACUGAGCAAAUAAGACCCACACACACUGUAACAAUAUAUACAUAAAGUAGUAUCUUUACCUACAACUGACUGAUUGCAUAUUUACUCGUCCAAGGCUAAUAGGCUAGUUUUUAAUAGGAAAAUCUUUAUUUAAUCAUCCCUCGUCAAUAAAGAAUUAGAAUUAUAAUAGAGGAGUCUAAAGGAAAGGUAUCAAAUGUAUAGGAUCAUAUAGGACAAUUUGGAGCCCUGAGUACUAAUAGAAAUAAAAAUUGAUCUCUCUAAAUUAUUCCUAAGCUUAAUAAGUGAAUCUAGCUUUGAUCAGUUAAUCCAAAAUAAAUGUUUGAUAAUGUAAAAUCCAUUAUCGCUUUGUCUACUCAGGGAGUUACGCAAUUUAGUAGCUACUUAUAAGUUUCAAAUUUGUCUGUAUAUUGUCAACAUAACAAAUAGUGUAAUAAUAUCAAUUCAUUAAUUGCAAUGCAGUGGCAAAAGUAGUAAGUUAUUUAUUAAUU